CGUACAGUCGGAAUUGGCGGGUUGCAUAGCUUGUCUUUUGUCUGACCAGCCGAGGGAACUCCAGGAGGAAAAAUAAUAGUAAACUCUUUCUCAAAUCAACAGAUUUCAAGCGUUAGGCGAUACAGCCGAACUAGCCGCAUUUUAUCACCUAAACUGGUGAUAAUCCGUCUCUGACUCACUAUUUCACAGCACUGUUGACGUUGACAAGGAACCGGAAGGUUCCGCAGAACCCCCCAACCAGUAUGAGCCAACCAACAGAAACAGCUAGUGAUGCUCCCAGCGUCACCCCAGUUCCUGCCCUUCUCUCUCCCCUCACAGACAUCAAGCUGGCACCCACCACAGUAAAGAAGCAGAACAAGAAGGUGGAGGAGGUUGUGGAGGAAGAGGAGGAAGAAUAUGUGGUGGAGAAGGUUCUGGACAGACGGGUGGUGAAAGGCAGAGUGGAGUACCUUCUCAGAUGGAAGGGCUUCACUGAUAAUGACAACACAUGGGAACCAGAGGACAACCUGGACUGCCCUGAUCUCAUAGCUGAAUAUCUGCAGUCGCAUAAGACACCAACUGAUGACAAGAAGGAUUCUAGUGGAAAGAGGAAAGGGGAGUCUGAAACAGAUGGCGCAGAAGACGUUCGGUCCAAGAAGAGGAAAGAUGAGCAAGACAAGCCAAGGGGCUUUGCACGAGGGUUAGAACCAGAACGCAUCAUUGGAGCCACAGACUCCAGCGGCGAGCUUAUGUUUCUAAUGAAAUGGAGAAACUCUGAUGAGGCAGAUCUCGUUCCAGCCAAAGAGGCCAAUGUGAAGUGUCCGCAGGUGGUCAUUUCAUUCUACGAAGAACGACUCACAUGGCACUCUUACCCCUCUGAGGAAGAAGAGAAGAAAGAUGAUAAAAACUAGCCAUUUGAGGGAGAUGAAGAGAGGGGCAGGUCUGUCUAGAGUGGUUAUUUGGGACGUGGGUAAUGAUUAAUGGUGGGCAGUUUGGAGAUGGGGCAACAAAAGCCCAAAGGCUCUCUCACUCUUAUGCCAUAACACUUGGACUCAAGCUAUUUGUUUAGAGCAUGAUAAGCAAAAGUCUAGUCCUCUUCAGAGGGUAAGAAACAAUGUUAUUCAGAGGUACUGAACACCUUAACAAAAAACAACAUGGAAAACUGUAUUUUCUCUCUUCUCUUUCUGUUGAUGGAUAAUGGGAAAUGGAGUAAUUGCCACAGUAGUUUGGUUGUCUGUGCUUAAGAAUAAGGUGGAGAAUGUAAAAUUUGUGCAGACCCUUAUAUUUUAUGUAUAUUGAUAAAGAGUUGAUGUCUUUCAAAACCUUCCACUGCAUUAGGGUUAGUGAUACAAAUUUUGUCAUGCACAUGUUGGUGAACUGUAGCAAAAGGACAACCGAAGCAAAACCUAGGCUUAAACCUUCUCUUUUUUCUUUAGAUGUGAAGACUUGCUCUUCAAGUUGUUAGUGUGUACUUUGACAAUGCAUUUGUCAGUGAAGUCUAAACUUUUGUCACCUUAGUUUAGUCAGCAAAUUGCUUUGUACUGCAUUCUGUUGUUUUAGUAGUAUUUCAGAAUUUAUAUAUUCAAUAUAAAUGCACAGUAUUCUUAAGGUAAUAUCUUUUAUCAUUUAUAUAACUUGCUUAUUGAUGUAUAUAUGGAAAUGACAGGAUUCUUUUGCCAUGUAUUUUUAGUCAGCUGAGUAAACUACAUUUCCCAUAAUCCCAUAUAGACAUAUUAUUUUCUUCUUGCCAUCAGUGUAUUUUACCAGUUGUAUUACUUUGUGAAGAAGAGAUGUGCUCUUUAAAAUCCAUCUUCACAUACAGAUGUUUCCGUUUAUUUAGGCUAAUCACAAAUGAAUCCGUGAUAAAGUGUCAAGUUUUAGACAGGAUCUCUUUCCCAACAUACUGUAUUUAAUCAGAGGUGCUCCAGGUGUACAUGUGCACAGAACAGAAUGUACUACAUAUCUUUAAGGCAUCUUUUUAAAAUGUCUAUCAUUUUUCAUUAUAUUUAACCACUAAUCAUUUAUUGAUGUCGAAUGAAGAAAAGUGAAUAGGUUUCAGUUUAAACUGCAGUGUCUUGCUAACAUAACUGUUGUG